GUUCACAUCUAGAAAAACAAAGUGACAAACCUUUUCUUACUCCUCAAGAUACUUUAUUUGGGCCUAGAAUUGAAGGCACUUCAGUCGAUGAACAAGGCAAUAUUUUUGCUACCAAUUUUCGAAGUGAAACUUUUGCUAUUGGUCAAAUUUUUCCUCCACAAGAGAAUUUUUUUUUCUCCAAUGACAACAAUUCUUUCUUUAAUGGAAUAAAGUUUUUAAAGUUAGCUGAGAAAGAAAAAAUCAGCAUUAAGUCAGCAUUUUUAGCAACAGACAAGAAAAGAUCCGAAAUUACCAAAGUUACAUUAUUUCAAGAUAAUAACGUUAAACAAACUACGGUUUGUAAAGAUGAUUCUUUUGUUAUGCCGAAUGAUCUGACUAUAUCUUAUAGUUCAGGGAGAAUUUAUAUCUCCGGUCAAAACUAUACCAAUAAUACCCAAAAAGGGGAUGGAGGGCUCUGGCUUUGUGAGCCUGAUGGCCAGGCUAAACAACUAUUAUCACUUGGUCGCACUAAUGGCAUUGAGCUUUCUCCCGAUGAAAAGUUUUUAUAUCUUUCGGAAGCUUUUAAUCAAAACUUUGUACCUAUCUCGAAUAAGAUUUGGAGGUUUUCGGUAAAUGCGACUAAUGGUCAAAUAUCAAAUCAAGAACUUUUUAUUGAUUUUGCCCAACUAGAUUCUAGCCAACGUGUAGAUAUAGAUGGGAUGAGAUGCGAUAUGGAAGGUAACUUAUGGGUAACUCGAAAUGGGGGAGGUAAAGUUUUAAAGUUUUCUGUAGAUAAGGAAUUACUAUUAGAGCUAAACACCGAACAAACAAUACAUCCAGCUAAUAUAGAGUUUGGCGGGAAAAAUGGUACAACCUUAUUUAUUGUAGGUAAAUGCAAAGAUGACGAAAAUAAAGGUUGUGUUGACGUUUUUGAAAAUAGUAGGGUCAAAGGAGCUAAUUUUUGGCUUAAUAUUCAGAAUAAACUAGUCAAUGUGGGUUUUAGGAUUUGA